AAAAGUCCAGCCAUGCAGCCGGCUCAGGGUGGGGUGUCCUUUGAAGAGGUGGCUGUGCAUUUCACCCAGGGGGAGUGGACCCUGCUGAGCCCAGCCCAGAGAGCCCUGUACAAGGAGGUCAUGCUGGAGAAUUUUGGGAACGUGGCCUCUCUGGGACCUGAGAUUGCCAAACCUGGCCUCGUAUCCUGGCUGGAAGAAGAGGAAGAGCUGUUUCCCCGGAUCUCUGAUGAAGAGGAAGGAUUGGCAGCAGGUGGCAUGUGGGAGUCAGCAAAUGGAACAUCUGAGCAUCUAGACCUGGAAAAAGGGGAUACAUAUUCACAUGGAAAAGAGGAGGUUGAAUAUUGUGGUUCAAUGAGGAAGAAGGAGAGAAAACACCUAGGUAAAAGGAGGAAUAAUUCUGGUCUUUCACAGGGUGAUGACUGUCAUGAAAUUCCACUUCUUCAAAAAAUGUACAAAGGAAAUAAUAUAAAUGAUUAUCCAGCAAGUGGAAAGAAAAUUCCUAAAAAAUCAGACAUUAAAAUGCAUUUGAAAGACCAUGAAAGAAAGAAAAUAUAUAAAUGCCUGAAGUGCAAAAAAAGCUUCAGUUAUACUGGAAGCUUUAUUUCCCAGCAAAGAAUCCACUCAGGGAAGAAGCCACAUAAAUGCCUAGAGUGUGGAACAAGCUUCAAUCAGAAUGGAAACCUUCAUUCCCAUCAAAUAAGUCAGACAAGGGAGAAACUAUAUAAAUGUCUGGAGUUUGGGAAAAGCUUCAGUUGGAAUGCAAACCUUAUUUGUCAUCAAAAAAUUCACACAGGGGAGAAGCCAUAUAAAUGCCAGGUGUGUGAGAAAAGCUUCCGUAGGAGUGAACACCUUAAUUCCCAUCUAAGAAUUCACACAGGAGAGAAGCCAUAUAAAUGCCUGGAGUGUGGGAAAAGUUUCAGUCAGAGUGCAAACCUUUCUUCCCACCAAAGAAUUCACGCAGGUAAGAAACCUUAUAAAUGCCUGGGGUGUGGAAAAAGCUUCAGUCAGAGUGGACACCUUAAAUCCCAUCAAAGAAUUCACACAGAGGAGAAGCCAUAUAGCUGCCUGGUCUGCGGGAAAAGCUUCAGAGUGGACACCUUAAUUACCACAGAAGAGUUCACCCAGGUAAGAAACCUUAUAAAUGCCUGGAGUGUGGAAAAAGGUUCAAACUGAACAGGAACUUUAAUUCCCAUAGAAGAAUACACACAGGGGAGAAGCCAUAGGAAUGUCUAGAAUGUGGGAAAAGGUUCAGUCGGAGUGGACACCUUAAUUCCCAUAGAUUUCACACAGGUAAGAAACCUUAUAAAUGCCUGGAGUGUGGAAAAGGCUUCUGUCAGAGAGGAGACCUUAAUUCCGAUUGAAGAAUUCACACAUGAGUGGAGCCAUAUAAUUGCCAGGUGUAUGGGAAAAGGUUCAGUCAGAGUGGGAACCUUACUCGUCAUCAACAAAUUGAUGCAGGAGAGGAACCAUAGAAAUGUUUUGAGUGUUGAAGGACAUUACAUAAAAUACAUUUAUGUUAAACCAUUCUGUCUUACACAUUCCUCCCUCCCUCCCUUCCUAAUGAUUGUUUGGAGGAAGCUAAUUGUUCUUUUGCCCUGAACUGGAUAGCCCAGGCAAACAUAUUCUGGUCAGAUCUGAGAAGCUAAGCAAGGUUGGCCUUGGUUAGUGAUUGGAUAGGAGACCUCCAAGGAAGACCAGGGUCACUAUGCAGAGGCAGGCAAUUGCAAACCACCUUUCUUAGUCUCUUGCCUUUAAAUCCCCACCAAGAGUCACCAUAAGUCAGCUAUGACUUGACAGCACUUUCUACCUCCAUUCCCUUUAUGAAUAUGCCACCUUAAACCAUUCUGUUUGACACAGUCUGUGGGAUGGUACAAUUGCUGGACCCUUCCUGAGCACAUCGGGCAGGCAAGUCUCCCAAGUGCCCAGGUCACUGCAGUUGCCAGGUCUGCAUUUUAUUAUCUUCGGCAGAUCGGGCAGCUUGUUCCUUACCUCUCGACUAGCAACCUAGCAACAGUGAUGUAGGCAAUGGUCACCUCCAGAUUAGACUACUGUAACUCACUGUAUGCAACGCUGCCUUUGAGGUUGAUCCAGAAGUUAGCAGCUGGUCCAGAAUACAGCAGCACAUAUCCUCACUGUGAUAUUAGACCACACACAUUAGACCUGUUUUAUGCCAGCUGUACUGGCUUCCAGUUGAGUUCCGGGUUAGGUUUAAAGUACUGACUACGAUGUUCAAAGCCCUAAACGGACUGGGACCUGCAGAACUGCCUCUAGCCGUAUGUUCCCUGGAGGGCUCUUGGUUCAGUCGAUCAACAUCUUCUGGUGGUCCCUGGCCCCGAGGACAUUUGCCUAGCCACUAGGGCCAGGACAUUUUCGGUCCUGGCACCGACCUGGUGGAACUCUCUCUCCCCCGAGAUCGGUGCCCUCCUAGAUGUUCCACCAGGCCUAUAACGAUAAGUGAGGUCUGGGUGGGCUACCUGGUCAGCAUCUCUGCUGUGGCCUUGGUCCACUGCUUAUUUGAAACAUCUGUAACUUGGCCAGUCUUACCGUUUUUGAUUGCUGAAGAAGUGUAUUUUUUAAAUAUCUUCACUGCUACUGGAUAUGGUUUUAUGGUUUUAAAUUGUAUUCUGUAUUUUGUACUGUAUGAUUUAUACUGUAUUUAGUGUUGUUAUAGAUCCAGAGGAGUUAGCUGUGUUAGUCUGUAGUAGCAAAAUAGAAAAGAGUCCAGUAGCAGU